UCAAGCUUAACAAAUCUUUACUCCUAAUAACCUAUAAUAUAAAUUUGAAAUGAACAUAUUAAGUUUACUAUUUUGUAUCAUUUUCUUUGGGAAAAAUUACGAGUCACUGGCUAAAACCCCUGAGAAUACUGUACAGCAAUGUUAUGGCUUCUGUGAUCUUAUGUUGAAUCACAAUAACACCUAUGAAGAAGAGUGGAAUGCGACCGAGACCAGGAUUAAGACCUUGCAGGAUCAAAUAGCUGAAAUUGAAAAAGAACUGGAAAAGUCCAAGCCGAAUACUAAUCGUUUUUCAAAAAUCGGCACAAGGUACUUCCAGAUCGUAGAUUAUCAUUACACCAAUUGGUUCAGUGCAUCUGAAUCCUGUCGAGAAUUGGGAGGACAACUGGCGGUCAUCCAAAAUGAGGAAGAACUGAACGCCAUUAACGCCCAGCUCGAUGAAAAUAGUGCCUACUGGCUGGACAUCAACGACUUGGCUUACGAAGGUCAAUACGUGUCUUGGACAUCCGGGAAGAGACCUUCUUAUCUCAAGUGGUUUUAUGACAGACCCGGCACCAAUUCUGACAUUGAGGAUUGUGUGCUACUCUCAAAAAAAGCCAUGUGGGAUCAGAUCUGCACCAGAAACGCUUACUAUAUAUGCCAAUCAGAUGUUGUAGAGUGGUAG